AUGGACUUCAUCAAGAAGCUGCCAAGGACGGAGAAAGGGUUCGACGCUAUAUGGGUCAUUGUGGAUCGAUUGACCAAGAGUGCUCAUUUCUUGGCGAUACGGGAGAGUUCUUCGGCCGAGAGGUUGGCCGACAUAUAUGUGCGCGAGAUUGUUGCUCGCCACGGGAUUCCGGUCUCCAUUGUCUCAGAUCGAGAUGAGGCAGUGGUGUCAUUGGAAGAUAUUCAGGUAGAUGAGCGCCUGAAUUACGUGGAGAGGCCGGCGGCCAUACUUGAGAGGAAGAUGAAAGUUUUGCGGAAUAAGGAAAUACCUUUUUGUGAAGAUAGGAGUAAGGUUCUUUUUUUGUUAUAUGAUUUCAUCAGGGGUCAAUCCCCAAUUAGAGUUAUUGUUUCAGAUGAUUUUGAUGAGGAGCCUAUCGAUAAUAGCUUUGAGUUUCAUCCUAGAGAUGAGGAAGGGGAUGAAUAUGAUGAAGGGGAAGAAGUUGUAGUUGUGUUGCUUGAUAAUCAAGCUCCACACACCAAAUAUGUUCAAGGUUCUAAAGUUUGUCAUAUAAUUGUAUUCCCUGAUCGCAUCCCUGGAAGAGAAAUAAUCAAAUUUGUGAUCUCCUUCUUCCUCUCAUUCCUUGCAAUCUUAGCAGCCCUGCAACUGUCCGCAGCCGUCGAGUACACCAUCACCAACAAAGCAGCAGCCACCCCCGACGGUGUUAAGUUCAAUAACGAAUUUGGGGUAGAAUACACCACUAAAACUCUUAGCUCCGCCACAAGCUUCACAUGGAGCAUAUUCCAACAAAACACAGAUGCUGACAGAAAGAAUGUUGCUCUUGUAAGCAUGUUCAUCGACGACAUGGAAGGUAUUGCCUACACUUAUGGCAAUGAGAUCCAUGUCAGCGCAAAUUUAGUCGAGGGGAUUUCCGGUGAUGACAAGACUGGGUUUGAUGGAGUUCUUUAUCACGAGAUGGCACACGUAUAGUAAUGGUUUGGAAAUGGUCAAGCUAAGGUAGAAUUGAUAGAGGGAAUUGCGGACUACGUGAGGUUGAAGGCUGGGUAUAUACCAAGCCAUUGGGUUCAGCCAGGACAAGGCGACCGAUGGGACCACGGCUACGAUGUGACAGCUCGAUUCCUAGAGUAUUGUAAUGGUCUUAGAGAUGGGUUUGUGGCUAAACUUAAUAAGAAGAUGAGGGAUGGCUAUAACGAUGGUUAUUUCGUGGACUUGCUAGGGAAGACGGUUGAUCAACUGUGGGCUGAAUACAAAGCUUAAGGGUGCAAGUGUGCAACUACAAGCAUUUGGAGCAUCAUUAUAUAUAAACUAAUUAUCAAACUUCUAUCCUAUAUAUGCGUUGUAUUCUAACAACGAUAAUAUAUGGUAAAACUAUUCGAUGCAUACAAAAUUUAAAUAAAAAUAUAGGAUAUUAUUCCUUACAUA